CCUGGAGUUUAGUCGGGCGCUGCGGUUAGUGUCUCGGUGUCUUUUCCCGAGGCUCUGGGGGCGGCUGGCGUACGGGGACUCUGAUCGUGAUGGGGAGAGCCGGGAGGAAACCAUUGCUUCUCUUUAUUCCGGUGAUCCUGAGCUCCUUGGCAUUGAGCAAGGCUGCAGUGUACACUUCUACACCUGAAGUCAGAGUUCCUGAGAAUAAACCGGCCAAGUUGUCCUGCUCCUACUCGGGCUUUGAUUCUCCCCGUGUGGAGUGGAAGUUUGUCCAAGGUGAUACCACCAGCCUCGUUUGCUUUGACAGCAAGAUCACAGCUUCCUAUAAGGACCGAGUUACCUUCUCACAGAGUGGCAUCACCUUCCAUUCUGUGACCCGGAAAGACAAUGGGAUGUAUACAUGUAUGGUGUCUGAGGAUGGUGGCAAGCAGUAUGGGGAGGUCAGCAUCCAGCUCAUUGUGCUUGUGCCUCCAUCCAAGCCUACAAUCAGCAUCCCCUCCUCUGCCACCAUUGGGAAACGGGCGGUGCUGACCUGCUCAGAGCCAGAUGGUUCCCCACCCUCUGAAUACGACUGGUUCAAGGAUGGGAUACUGAUGCCAUUAGAGCCCAAGAGCAACCGUGCCUUCAGCAACUCGUCCUAUACCCUGGAUCACAAGACAGGGCAGCUGAUUUUUGAUCCCGUGUCAUCCUUUGAUACUGGAGAAUACACUUGUCAGGCACAGAACGGGGUUGGGACCGCCGUGAAGUCAGAGCCUGUGCACAUGGAUGCUGUGGAGCUGAAUGUCGGGGCCAUUGUGGCGGCUGUAUUUGUAACAGCCUUUCUCCUUGGAGUUCUGAUUUUUGGCAUCUGGUUUGCCUAUCGCCGAGGCUACUUCGACAGAACAAAGAAAGGGACUUCGAGUAAGAAGGUGAUUUACAGCCAGCCUGCUGCUCGAAGUGAAGGGGAAUUCAGGCAGACCUCAUCCUUCCUGGUGUGACCUGGACCAGCUCAUCUCUUGUCCUCUGUGCUUGCCUUACUCCGGUGCUAUCAGACUCGGCCUGAUGUCUGUAGUUUCACAGGAUACCUUAUUUGUCUUCUAGCCCUAUCAGGGCCUCACUUUAAUCUUAGUUAGGGUGUGUUUUUUAAUGUCAGUGAUGUGCCCCUUUGCCCCCCAUGCCCCCACCCCCCCCACCCCCUUCCUACUGCUGCUGAGUGGCCUGGGACUUGUUUCAAGCUUUCAGACCCCAUCCCCAUGUGCAGUCAGGCAGGAGCCCUCAGCGAUGCCUGUUGACUUCCCUUCUAAGUAUCCAGCAAGAGUGGCCGGGCUCUUGAAUUUAGUUUCUAGGCUGUUUCCUUCAGUACUGAUGAUCAGUACCAGCUGUUAUAGAAUGGGGAUUGGAGACUGGAGCUGCCGAAAUGGUUGUUUGGUGACAACAGCAAGUCUCUUCCACCUCUGGAGCCCACUAUCUUCUGUCUUCCCAUGUGGAGUACCUCUGGGAUCCUGCUGAACACAAGCAGACUGAACUGUCUGUAGGAGGAACUAAAGCUUUUGUUAUGGAGAGCAUAGUAAGCCUUUAGGGAACAUGGAGCGAACAGGUUUUAAAACCACUGAUCUAAAGAAAACAAAGCUGGAGAUGGUAGCUCAAGCCAUCACCCUUCCUUGGCUGGAACAGUUGGAUAAACCCUAUUCAGAUGUGUGUAUAAGGCUGUGGGGUUGUGUGUAGUAAUCGUGUGUGUGUGUGUGUGUGUGUGUGGUCUUAGCUCUAUGCUGAAAUUGUGUGUGUGUUGGAGCACUUCUUAACUCUGAUGAGAUUGUGUUUGUAUGUAUCUGAAUGUAACUGGAUGUUGCUGGAAAUAAAAACUUUGUUAAAGCUUCUUAUGGGGCGUGGGGGAAACGAGGUCUUUGAGAGUUCUUGGGCUCUUUGUACAAACAGGAAAAUGCCUCAGAGCCCUACUUCCCAGCAUGCUGUCUCCAGCUCCAUGUCCUGUCUUCCUGUCCCGCCCUUCCUGGUUCCUAUUUCAGGGCAGACCUUUACAACUUGAGGCCCUCAUUCCAGAGCCAUCUUGUAGCCAAGCCUUCCUCUGCUGGAGCAGGGCACCCAGGGUGAAGCUGAUCCUGUGCCCUGGGGUUCCAGUUUGCCUGUUCCACCAAGUGAGAGGAGAAAGUGCCCAUCCUGCUACUUCUCACCCAACUAGGUGCAUUAAUAGACUUCUCUAAGGCUACAGGAAAAACUGCCCCCGAGCCUGAGGCAGGGUGGUUUCCCACAUCAUUUGGAGAAGUAUUUAGUGGGUGGGAGGUUUAGGAGAAGAUAAUUUUGAGUCCAGAUCAUAGGGUGCUGUGUGUGUGAGUGAGAGCAGGAGUAAGCAGGACCGGCCUGGCUGUCAUUGCUUUCCUCCUCCCCAUUGGAUCCUUCUUUGCCCUUAACCUUCUGUUCCUCCUGUUCAUCACCAUUGCUGAACACGUCUCCCAAUCUAUUAAUCAUCUAGCAGGAGGGCAAAGAAGGGAUCCCAUUGGGUUGAUUGGGCUUCAUUCUUUCUGUGGAGGAUACUACUGUGCCACUUUGCCAUAUUCUAUUCCUUCCCUGGAAAUCCCUAACAGAAUUGAGUUUUCUAUUAAGGAUCCACAACAAUAAACAAAAACUAGAUCAAACCACCAGUUAAGAAUCCUGCACCAAUAAAAAAUAAAAUUUUCAGAUGGACAUAAAGUCCAUUUAGCAAAAGUAGAGAUUAUGAAACGGUUCAGUAAGAAUGAGAUUUUUGAAGUAUUCCUCAGUUCUGUAUCAUGGUUGGAAGACAGGGUGGGAGAGGUGUGGAGGAAAGGCCACAAGAAAACUGGUGAUUCACUGCUCCUGUAAGUUUGAGGUGACUGGUUCCUCACUCCCUGGGUCACUUGUGAUGAGUAUGAGUCAGCUCUUACCAGCCUCGGAAUUUACCUUUCCAGCUCAGAAAGACCUUUUGAGUUGGAAAACACCCUUUCUGCUUUCAUUUUAGAAUGUCAAAACUAAUUUUUGUAAUAAAUGUUUAUUUUUCACA